AACCAAUCGGAGACGAGGGGUACGAUAGGGGGCGGGGCGAUCCCGGCGCUAAGAGGGGGAGCGCAGAGAGGCGUCGGCACCGCCACGAGCACGCGUUGUCAGGCAAGAUGCAGUCUGCUCAGGAGGUGCUGAAGACGUUGCGGGUGCCCGAGCUGGAUGAGGUGCGUCAGUACGUGCGCUCGCUGCCGGCGCCGGCGCUCAUGGGGCUGGGCGCGCUGGGCACCAUGACGGCUUACUGGCUCGCCACGCGACCCCGCGCUCUGUCCGCACCCUGCGACCUCUCAAAGCAGUCUCUACCCGUCAAGGGCCGCGAGUACCAGCGCAGGAGUCCACUCGUACCAGACGACGAUACAUUCUUCACGUAUUUUUAUGAGGAUGCCCGCACAGGAUAUGAAGUAUUCCAAAGAGGACUUCGAAUUAGCAAUAAUGGACCGUGCCUUGGCUACAGGAAACCAAAUCAUCCCUAUGAAUGGAUCUCUUACAAAGAGACUUCGGAUCGUGCAGAGUAUCUGGGGUCAGGGUUCCUGCACCUUGGGGCAAAGCCAUCGUCUGAGCAAGUCAUCGGGAUCUUCUCACAGAAUCGGCCUGAGUGGAUCAUUGCGGAGCAAGCCUGCUACACAUACUCCUUGGUGGUGGUCCCACUCUAUGAUACGUUGGGACGAGAAUCCAUUGACUACAUCAUCAAUCAGGCGGAGAUCUCCAUGGUGGUCUGUGACAAGUUGGAGAAGGUAAAGGGCCUGCUGGAGAGCAUAGAGGAGGGUGCGAUCCGCAUCGUCAAAACCAUCGUGGUCAUGGAUCCCUUCGACGGCGUGAUGGAGCAGCGCGCCCGCAAGUGUGGAAUCGACUUAAUCCUUUUCCGCGAGCUUGAGGUCAUUGGAAAGACAAAUCACAGAGAGCCAAUUCCGCCUCAGCCAGAUGAUAUCGCCAUCAUUUGUUACACAAGUGGAACGACAGGAAAUCCUAAGGGUGCUAUGUUAACCCACAAGAACAUGAUUUCCGACUUCUCUGCUUUUUUGGCCAUUACUAAGGAAACGUUUUUACCCAACAAGGACGACGUUUUAAUCUCGUUCCUCCCACUGGCUCACAUGUUUGAAAGGCUCGUUGAGGCCUCCAUUUUAUGCAACGGUGGCCGAGUAGGUUUUUAUCAGGGUGAUAUAAGGUUACUCAUGGAUGAUAUGAAGGUUCUGCAACCCACCGUCUUCCCUGUCGUCCCACGUCUGCUCAACCGAAUCCAUGACAAAGUGCUCAGCGGUGCCAAAUCUCACUUCAAGCGUUGGCUGCUGGAGUUUGCCGUGAGCCGGAAGAUAGCCGAGUUGCGCUGCGGCGUCGUGCGAAAGGACAGCAUCUGGGACAAGCUCAUCUUCCACCGUGUGCAGGCGAGCAUGGGAGGUCGUGUCCGCUUCAUGGUCACUGGAGCCGCCCCCAUCUCCGCGUCUAUCCUCACCUUCCUUCGAGCCAUCCUUGGCUGCCAGGUGUACGAGGGCUUUGGGCAGACCGAGUGUACAGCUGGGUGCACCUUCACCAUGCCCAGCGACAGCACCGCGGGUCACGUGGGACCUCCGAUGCCGUGUAACCACAUCAAGGUGGUGGAUGUAGCAGAAAUGAACUACUUUGCUGCCAACGGAGAGGGAGAGGUGUGUGUUUAUGGCACAAAUGUGUUCAAGGGUUACCUGAAGGACCCAACGCGGACCGCUGAGGCUCUGGAUGAGGAUGGCUGGCUCCACACGGGCGACAUCGGCAAGUGGCUGCCUAAUGGAACACUGAAGAUUGUUGACCGGAAGAAGCACAUCUUCAAGCUGUCGCAGGGAGAGUACAUCGCCCCAGAGAAGAUUGAGACGGUGUACGUGCGCAGUGAGCCCGUGGCCCAGGUGUUCGUGCACGGAGACAGCCUGCAGUCUUGCCUGGUGUGCAUCGUGGUGCCGGACAUGGAGGUUCUGCCAAGCUGGGUGCAGAAACGAGGCAUCAAGUGUAACCCAAACUCUGUGUUCAUAAACAAGGAUGUUCGUGCAGCCAUCCUUCACGACAUGGUGCGUCUGGGCAAGGAGGCUGGGCUCAAGUCGUUUGAGCAGGUCCGAGCUGUCCACCUGCACUCAGACCUGUUUAGCAUUGAGAACGGACUUCUGACGCCAACAUUCAAAGUGAAACGGGCCGAGGUAUGCAAGUUCUUUCAUUCAGAAAUAGACAGCCUGUACGCUGGCAUUACCGUAUGAGUUCUGGCAGAUGAAGAAACAACGUCUCCUUCGGGCAUUUGUUGAAGGGCCUGUUGUGAAGGUGGCUUAGAAGUAAAAAAAAAAUCAUGCCUUGUUUUUGACAUUGUGAAAAAUCUUAAAUUUAAUUUGUAAAACACAAAACUGUCACGCUAUGGAUGCUAUUGAUUCGAUCGACGAGGGGGUGGAGAAUGUAUAAUUUUUAUACGUGUACAUAUUUUCUACAGCUUAUUGUGUUGGGAAAUCCUUAAGAUCAAAAAAUGUAACAGAGGUAUGUACGCAGCUAACCAGCAACAAUAGAUGUUUUUUGUAGAUGGUUCCUCGAAAGAUAGACAACUGGAAAGAAUUUAAGGAGUACAUUUUACAAAACACUAACCAGUUGGACAGACACAAGGUACUGUGUUAAAGGCAGGAAGACGGCUUUGAUUUUCCUUUUACUGUAAUGGUCCACGACAUGGGAGACUGCAUUGCUCGCUAUUUUGCUACCUCUGUCUUGUGAGACACUGAUCUGCUAACAUAGAAUAUGUUAUUUUAAAUAAAAUGACGAAUCUUGUGUACAGGGUAUAUAGGGAUGUGUAGAGGGAGACAUGCUAUCCCAUGGACCAUGUUUCAAGGGCUGCUGUGAAAUUUGUGUUCUUCCAAACAAAGUACUAUUGAGGAAGAAUGGUGGAAAUCGGUUUAUCACUUUACUCAUAACAAAACCAUAUGUAGAGGUGUCAUUUUAUGUCUAGCUACAGUAAAAGUGUACACGAUUCUCAUUCUACAUGCAUUUGUUGUAGAUUGUAGGAGAAUACAGGCUUUGAGGAGUUGUGGCAUGGUUGGCAACAAAAGAACAAUUAUAAUUCUGUGAGCGUGACGGAAAGUUGAGCAGUUGGUAUCAAGCAGUGUAGCCCUGCCAAUUAAGACUCGUAAAGUAACAAUUUAAAUCUCACAGCUGGUGAAAAAGCAAGACUUAUUAAAAUUCUGUAAAUGUUUGAAAUGCUGUUAGAUGUUGAAUACUUGUGAAUACUGGCCAAUGGGCUUUGAUAAAUUAAGUAAUGAUUGUUUAUUUUUCUGUAGGUGUUAAAUACAGGUAAAAGCUGUAAAGGUUUGGUUAUGAACUGUGGCAUAGUGUUACAUGAGCACAUAAGUAUUGAAGUGAGAUUUUAAUAAAUGUGCAAAAGUCAAAAAGCUUCUGAACCCCCCCCCCCCCCACUUUUCCUCUUGUGACAUGAGAAUGAAGUGGCAUUUAUAUGCUGUAUAACUGUAAACUAUUUGUUGCUGGCCUCAAAACAGCAGAUGCAAUUAUUCUACCUUCUCCCGUAUGCCAUUCACAUAAGUGUUUCGCGUGAUGUUUGCUUUGAAGACUAAUAAAAUGGAUUGGAGUUUUAUGAUUAAAUGCUUUUAAAAAUUUAAUUGUACUGUGUAUACAACUACUGUGCAUAGUUAUAACUGUGCACUUUAAAUUAUGCAACUACUGUAUUACACAUCUGUCUUGUGAAAGUAUAAUCUUAUUUCAUUUUUAAUUAUAGCCAUAUAAUUAUACAAAUUUUCAAUCCAGUGCGAAAGGAUCAACAUGCCAUGUGGCUCUGAGAGAUUCUUUGACCAUACUUACCCAUACUGGUCAAUGCGGGUUGGUGAUUGGGGCUAUUCAAGACCGGUUCAUAUAUCAAUCACCCCUGAUGUUAGCCGUGUCAGGGAAUGUAACUCAGGUCACCAGUUUUACAGUGCAUUGUGCAAACGAACACGCCACUGCUCCACCCCAACAUUAUUACCAUGUCUGGAAUAAAAAUGUGCGAGGUAUGCAAUGUUGAAUGUCGGACUACGUUAUGGAAAUUGUAUCUUUGUUACGGAGCGCAUAGUCGUUUCUGGUCUCUUGGCAUAUGGCAUGCAAAGUGGCUUAUACAAGCUUCAGCUGGGUAUUUUUGGGACUAGCUUAUUUGGUUUUAAUGCGAUUGUUAGGCAGGUUAAAAUCUGCUGUACUAAAUCCUAAGUAGAAUUGUGCCCGCAAAAUGAACGUGUGAAACGUUGAGAGAGAGGACUUAAAGAAGUGCGGGUCUUAUCAUGAAGCUAGAUUCCCACCUAUCCGCUCAAAUUAAACGUGCCAUGUCGGACUGCAUUGAGUUUGCACCAGACAUAAGUAUAUAUGAUGACUUAUUUUUUCCUUAGUUCAUACCUUUUGUUGCCACCAAAAAAAUAAAACUCUUGUGUUGCCAAAUCAGUUAAUGCGUGCUAUCUUACUAAAACGAAAGAGCAACUGACAUUGAAUAGAUAGUGUAGGUGGGAAUCCAUUAUAAUUUGUCAUAAGUCGUGUUGACUUUUGUCAAAUCUCUUGAACUAUUAGGGAUAAGAUCCACUUUAAUUGUGACCUUAUCUUUCACGUCCCUGUCAUACCAUCCCCAGAUACAUGGCAUGAAGCCAUUUUUGCAUUGUGUGUGCCGUUUUACUCUUUGCAUUAGUUGUGAAUAAUUAUUGCAACUAAACUUAAAUUACUGAUGUUUCUUGGAUUAUCUGUAUUUUGAAUAUGGUACUUAAGAUAGCAAUUACAUUUUUGGUAUAUUGCCUAAAUUAAAAAAAACCUGCUUUAGCUACAUCUGCUACAAUGCAGUGCUCAAUUGAAAUUCAUUGUACUGUAUAUAAUUUGAUUAGAGCGUUUUGUAAUUGAUAGUCAUCAUGAAUUAUUGAAUGGUCUUGAUGCACGUACCUAGAUACACAACUCUUGUUUUAAUUAUUUGUGCAUUAGCAUUGGCAAACAUGAAUAGGCCUGUUAGCAUUUCAUAUUAUUCACACUUGGCGUUUUGGUUUGUGUGUUCUUUUCCCCCCUUUAUAAGUUUAGCGUGAGCGUAAUAUUGAAACCUUGUAAUUAUUUUCUUGGUUUGGUGCCUAGACAUUUCAUUAUAUAUCUGUAGUCGAGUUCACAUCAAUUUUGCUUAUAGCAAAACACUAAAAAGAGAUUUGUUGACUUUGUAAUUUACAAUAUUGACAGUCAUCUGUCCUGACAUAAAGAUUGUUCUCAAGCGUUGAAAUCCACUGUGCUUUGAAUUUAUUGCAAGUGCAUUUUCUGAAAUAUGAAAUAUUUAAAGAUGUUUAUAUAAACACAUUUUAAAUCUGGUAUUCACGUGACGCAAAGGAUGGAUUUAAAUGUCAUGACGAUGUGCCUGGGUAAAAGGGCUUUGUACGUGUUAAUUGUACAGUCGUACAAUAAGCACAGUUAUGCCUUAAUCGGCUGAACUUGUGAAACUUUGCAAAGAGCUGUGAUGUGUACAAUUUUAUCAAUGUUUGAACUUGAAUAAAAUGUUCAGGGUGUGCUACA